UCACGGUGCCUGGGGUCGGGUACUAUGGCCAGCCUAUUCCGAUAUGGAUACCACGAAACAUUGAGCCCCUUCCUGCCAAACUUCGCGAAAAUUCCAUGAACCUCCUUUACUUCGUAAGUAGUCCCGUCGUUUUGCUGCCUACCCUACAGUUGUGGAAUAACGUCCGAAUGACAGCAUCACUUCCUGAACCACACCGCCAAGGUUCUCGUACCAUACGACGACCCCAAAUCCAAUCCCUUUCGCACGAUUUUGCCACAAAUGGCCGCCGGUAACGACCACCUACUUAGCUUACUCCUGGCCUACUCGGCCGCCCAUCGAUCGAGAAUUCUCGGAAAGAAGGAGCCGCAGAUGAGGAUAGCGAUCUGGGUGCAAGAUAUAUUCCCCGCCCUCCGACAGGCCCUCAAUGACAGGGACAAGAUCAUCUCAAACACGAGCCUCGCCACUGCCAUCAUGCUCGCCUCGCUGGAGAUCAUCUCACCCACCGCCUUCGGGUACGAUAUUCCAUGGCAGCGGCACCUGAGCCUGGCUCGGACGCUCAUGUGGAGGCGGCUGGCCGACCUACGCAGGACAACUGAGAAUGGACUGCAGGAGGACGCCGCGUGUGCCUUUCUGUGGAGCUGGUUCGCGUACCUGGAUGUGUUAGGGAGCUUGAGUGGUGGUGUGCUCGACGCGGAGUCUUCACGGCUCUGGCUGCUCGAAUACACGGUCCAUAAUCCCAAUGACAGUCGGGAUGAGAUUGACUGCAUCAUGGGGUUCACUACGCGCUGUGUCCAGGUAUUAGCCCAGAUCGCAGAGCUGGCGCGCCGUUGUGACGAGCAGCGGUUCGCGCUGAGCAGCCACUCGCCGCAACUUGUCUGGUCUCCGAAUGCAGCUUGCGCCGAGCGGGCUCAGCUCUUGGAACAGGAGCUGAUGUUCAGCAUGGCGCAGACGUCACGCCCGUGCAGGCAUAUGACCGACACCAACCAGGGCCAGAGUCGAAGUCAGGACAACGGUGUUGAGGUUGAUAGCCAUGGUAAUAGGGAAGAGAUGGUUCUCUUGAACGAGGCGUUCCACUGGGCUGGACUCGUACACUUACACAGGCGCAUCCUAGGCAAGCCGCCUGCCCACGAGGACGUUCAGGGCCCGGUGAGGAGGAUCGUGGCGUGCUUGGAGGGUAUCGUGCCGGGCGGGUCGGCGGAGAUGGGGUUCUUGUUUCCCAUGUUUACGGCUGGGUGCCAUGCGCUUGAGGGGGCGCAGAGGAGCAAGAUAUUGGAGAGAUUCCAUAGCGUGGAGAGAAAUGGGAUGACGCAGGUACACAAGGCGAGAGUGCUCAUGGAGAAGGUGUGGGUUACGGGGCAGCCGUGGGAGCCUUUGCUGUGUAAGGAAUUCAUUGGUUGAUUUUUGUCAUCUUUCUUUUUCCCCGGAGGAAGGAAACGGCCAGCAACCGGGAUCAUUGUGUUUUCGAGUCAAGGCGGUUCCCUUGUCGCAUAUUUACGAAUGGACGAUGGCGUUGAAUAGAGAUAUUGA